GAUUCAAUGCUCUUUGAGCUCAACCACCCAGUUUCAAUACCUACUCUUUGCGCUUAAAAAAUACGUGCACCUUGUGCUAGCACCGUUGCUGACGUCAUUUUGGCAGAUUUUGUGGAUGCCAUUGCAUUGGUAACCGAAUUUAUAAAAAAAAGACUUGCUCUGCUUGGCGUUUACUAAAAUAAAAUUAACCUUAACCUGCAAUGCUAGAUGCUUGCAAUUUUAUUGGUUCUAAACUAAAUUUGAUGACGUUGGUAUCUACUAUUGUUUAAAACGAAACAGUCUUGGUCUUGUUUAUUUAACACGUGCUCCACAAGCUUUUACCAUGGCGGAUUCUGCAUAUAUGUCAUUAGAUGACAUCAUACGAGCUAGUAGGUCGCGGGGCAGAGGAGGCACGAACAUACGCGGGCGAGGACGCGGCGGCGGACGCGGGCGCGGCGCGGCCGGGCGUGGCGCGGCCAGGCGCGGGCGCUCGGCGACUCGCGCGGAGACUCCCGGCGCCGCGGGCGCGGGCGCGCGGGCUCGGUCCCGCUCGCGGUCGCGCUCGCAGGUGCGCCCGCGCGGCCGGGGCCGGGGCCGCGGCCGCGGCCGCUCGCAGUCCCGCUCUCGUCAGCAGCAGCGAUCCACUUCUCGCGCUAGAUCAGCUUCUCGCUCGCGCUCUCAGCCAAGAGGACUGACUCCGAGAGGGAGAGCAGGAUUAGAAACUCAAAAUGUACCAUUACAAAACAGAAUAGGCAGAUUUAGAGGCAAUGGCCAAAAUCGUGUUAGCCGUUCCCGUUCCAGUUCCAAGGUGCGCGGCGACGUGCGCAGCCGGCUCGGCGUGCCGCGCGGCGCGCUAGCGGCCGGCGCGCGCCGCCCGCUAGCCCUCGCCAAGAGAGGCAUCGCCAAGCGAGCACGAGGCCUCACCACGCGCAACAAAUACACUUCCGUGGGAUUAAGAUCUGAUCAAAUACUAAAAGAGCAACUCAAUAAGAAAGCUCAAAAUUUGCUAUUCCAGGAUAAUAUCAUUAGAUCUCAAACAUUUACUCGAUCCAGAUCUAGAUCGAGAUCUAGAAAUAAUUCAUUAUCGAGGAAUAACUCGCUAUCUCGAAAUAAUUCUCGGUCUAGGAACAAUUCCUUCACCUCUGCGUCUCAGUUGACUGUUAGCGUAGCUAAUGAUCUAGCAAAGCAACGACGACGUAAUAGCGUCGGCAAUGCUAAUUACUUAAAUAAACAGAGUCUUGUCCAGCUGAACAAUCAACUAGGAGGAUAUAAACAGAGACGCGGCCCCGGGAGCGUCUACUCAGUGGGAUCCAACCGGUCCACCCAGUCUAACAGGUCGGACCGAUCCAACGCCAGCGCGCGCUCCACUCGCUCGAGAGGCCGUGCGCGCGGUCGUGGCCGCGGCCGCGGCCGCGGUCGGGGGCUCAGCCGUAACUUUGUCAAUAAACAAGUCCUUAAUAGCAAACUGCAGAAAGAAAUUGCUGCUAUUCAAGGAAAAGCAUCAAACGGCGGCAAUUCUAGUGAAUCGCCAGUAGGAAUUAGUUUUACUCCUACGCCGGCGAGCACUGCACAAACCUUGCAUCAAAGAUUUGCUAGUUCAUGAAUUUAAAAGUUUUCGUUAUUGCUAAGACUUACGAAUUUUAAGAAAAUAGUGUCAUUUGUAUUGUGUAAGUAAUAAACCCGUUGUUGCCGGUUAGUUAAACAGAUCUUCUGUUUACCAGCUACUAACUGUGAAUAGUUUUACAUGAAUAUGAUAAAUAUUUUUUUAUAAUACAUAAAUAAAUUAUUUCAGGGGUACCCCUAGGACAUUGCUAAGCAGUGUUGGACCUGUUUCAAUAUGUGUUGCAAUGUAUACGUUUUAAUGUUGCUUGGAGUGCAGUGGGUAUAUCCGUGAUUCCGGACGCGCACGAUCGUCCGCUCAGUGCCCACAACACAUUGUGUUGUGUCGGAGAUUGACAGAACUCACUGCAGCGUAAAAGGGUGGGAACGAGUAACGUAAAAUUCCCUAUUUAAGAAAGAACACGAACUCCAUCUGAAUAAUAUUUUGAACUCCUUACCUCAAAAAUGUUCCGAGUAGACGAUAACAUAAUGUGUCGGGUCUAGUAUCUGGGGACUGGUUUUUGAAUGUCGACCAUUCGAUUUCGUGAAAUUCUUGAAAUCAUAUCUUCGCUACUAGCUAUUUAAAUUCUACUAAUAGAAUUAAAGACAAGAC